AUGCACUUCUCACUCGCCGCCAUCACCGCCUUCGCCGGCGUCGCCUUCGCCGGUGUGAUCGCCCGAGACGACACCGCCGGGCCCGUCCACAUCCCCGUCGACAGCCCCGGCAACGCCGAGGAGGGUUCCCUCCAGGCCAUCACUCACCUGUACAUCUGCUCCGACGCCAACUUCUCCGGCCGCUGCCAGAACCUAGAGUCCAACACCGGCCAGUGCUACAACCUCGGCAACGGCUUCAAUGAUGUCGUCUCGUCGCUCGGCCCCGAUGCGGGAACAUCCUGCACCAUUUGGGAGAACAAUGGAUGCUCGGGCGCGUCCAUCGUCAACAUUGUUAGCCCCGGUAUUUACAACCUCGCCGACUCCAUCUGGAACUUCAACGACAGGAGGUUUCUGGCCCUUGUUCCGGACGCGGAAUUGCCUGCAAGGGGUUGCAGGCCAGGCCGCAGUAGCUUUGACAUUUGA